AUGCAAUUCUCCAAGAUCACUUUUGUCUUCGGUCUUUUGGCCACAGCCGCCUCGGCCUUGCCCAUCACGGAGCAGUCAGGAACUGCCCCUCUGGCUCCAAGGCAGUUUGACAUAUUGCCCAAGCAGCCCUACCCCGCAGCCACCACGGGUACGGAAUAUCCGCCCGUCCUCGUGGCCUCCCCUGCCUCGCCAGUGACUAACCCGAAGAACUAUAAAAAGUAA